AUGCACCGCCGUGUCCUUGUCUCUGGUCUUCCCAGGGUUCUCCCUCCCCUCCCACCCUCGCCUGCUCCUCCCUGUCUUCCCUGUGUCGAGGGGCGGCAGCGCGCCGCUCCUCACUCCUCCUCGUUUCCCCCGACGACUGCUCCCCUGCAGACCCUGCACAUGGACGUGUGGGGCCCAGCCCGCGUCACUGGACAGGGCCGCGAGCGGUACUUUCUGCUGGUUGUCGACGACUACUCGCGUUACACCACGGUCUUCCCCUUGCACACCAAGGGUGAGGUCCCUGAUGUCUUGAUCCCUUGGAUCCGCGCUGCCCGUCUCCAGCUCCGCGAGCGGUUCGGGACGGAGUUUCCCGUCCUGCGUCUGCACUCUGACAGAGGUGGGGAGUUCUCCUCCGACCUUCUGCAGAGCUUUUGUCGUGGGGAGGGCAUUCGCCAGACGUUCACGCUUCCGGCCUCUCCGCAGCAGAAUGGGGUUGCUGAGCGCCGCAUUGGUUUGGUCAUGGAGGUCGCUCGUACCUCCAUGGUCCAUGCGGCUGCCCCCCAUUUUCUGUGGUCGUUUGCGGUCCGCUACGCCGCCCAUCAGCUCAACCUCUGGCCCCAUGUCUCCUUGCCGGAGACCUCGCCCACACUGCUGUGGACGGGGGAGGUUGGCGAUGCGUCGGUGUUCCGGGUCUGGGGUUCUCGUGCCUUUGUCCGCGAUACCACCGCGGACAAGCUCUCCGCCCGCGCUGUUCCCUGCGUCUUCCUUGGCUUUGUCCCUGACGCGCCUGGUUGGCAGUUUUACCACCCCACCUCGCGCCGUGUCUUCCCCUCUCAGGACGUCACGUUCGACGAGUCGGUUCCCUUUUACCGUCUCUUCCCCUACCGCACUGCCCCGCUCCCCCCCCCCGCCUCUCUUCCUCGCUCCAGGUGCUCCCCAGGUAGACCCCCUCCCCGCUCCCGGUCCUGCUCCUUCAGGUGUGUCUCAGGUAGACCCUCCUCCCUUGACUACGCCGGUUGA